AUGCUAUUGCAGGAGGAGGAGAAGGAGAAGGAGGAGGAGGAGGAGUACCAAGCAAUGCUGUGGAUGAUAAGGAGAGGUGACACCAAAGAUCAUCCUCUAACCCAAUGGUUCUUGAACUUCUCUGAGGCUGAUGAGCUCUUAAAACUUGCAGCAGCUCGCCAGCAGUGUGAUCCAAAGAUUAUUCAUAGGGAUGUGAAGGCAAAAAAUAUCUUGCUUGAUGAUUAUUGUGAGGCUGUGGUGGGAGAUUUUGGGUUGGCAAAGCUAUUAGACCACAUGGAUUCAUAUGUGACAACAACAGUGAGAGGCACUGUGGGGGCACAUAGCCCCUGA